GUCAAUCACCAACCACAAUUUUUUAAAGAACAGAUUUUUCAUAAUAUUAAACCCAAACCUGAACACAAUGAUAAAGAUAUCACGCCUGAUUUUACUAAUAGUAAAACUUCACAUGCUAACCUGUUGUAUUUUAGAUGGUUAGCUGGACGACCAAAACAUAUUUUCUCUAAAAGAAUGGGUAUAUCCUUUAUUUCUUCUUACCAUGCUCAGGACAAUGUAUCGGUCCUGAAAUUUCACAACAAACACAUGUACAGAAAAAGACUAUCCAACUUUGAAAAGAUUCCAAGUCCUAAUCUUCGUACACGGAAAAAACAAGAAAUUCGUUUUAAUCGCGCUUGUCGUCGCAUAUUCAAUAAGAUGAAAUUACCUCCUGGACGUACCGCUCAACACUCAGAUUAUUUGGCUAUGGGAAGAAAAUACCGAUUCCUAUUCGUUAAAUCACAGUAUAUCAACAAACCAAUCAAACAUUUAUUAUACAAAAAGGACAACAUUGCUCCGAAUGCUGACAACUACCAAUUUUUUAUACCUUUUUAUAUAAACAAUUCCCAACACGCUAUUACAAUCAAGGCGAAUGUGAAUCAUCUUGGGGCUCGUAUUCACAUUUCUUCUACUUUACUAUCAUUCGAUUAUUUGAUUCCUUGGGUUGAAGAAUAUAAUCCUAUUCCUAACAUUUUUAUCCCGUUAAAAUACCGAGAUAUUAUCCCAAAAGAACCUAUUUACAUUUUGACUGAAGAAGGUGAUACUUAUAUUCCACCUGGUUCUAGACAGUGGUUCACUUAUAUGUACAAUUUAGAAAAGAGAAUCAGAAGACAACAACGUUUCGAUGAACAGGAUCGCCAACUCCAGGCUGAAGCUCUAGCCGAAUGGAAUUUACGUGAACAAAAUAAUAAUGCAAGGGCCGCUUAUUAUGGUACAAGUCGCAAACAUUUAGGAUCACGUUUACGAGUUCCAUUUAUACUUACAACUAAUCACCCCGAUCAUAUCAAUAAUGAAAGAAAACAGCGUAAUCUUAACAAAAAUUUAUCUAAAUUUUUGAAACAAUUUACAUUCAAUUCUCUUACUCGUCAAGACGACUUAUCAGAUGAUACUAAAAUUUUAGAACAUCGACCCAACAAACACGAUUCAACUCGAUUUACUAAUACAAUUUCCAACAAUUUAUCACAUCCUAACAAACGUCCUCGUCCUUCUACUGAUACAUUAGACAACUCCACAGUAGCUGGACCGUCAACUAAUUCAGAAAAAUUUUUUAUUCAUAUGUAAUUUUGAUACAUGAGGAGUUAAAUACCUUUAUCAAGUAGUUUAAUCUACAUUUUAUUUCAUCUAAUUUUUUUUAUAUAUAUAUAUUUUAACAAAAAACAACUUAAAAUAGAGUGAAACAUUCCACUUCUUACAGUAUUU